GUCUUAUACGCUCUCCAUCCCAAUCACCUUUUUCGAACAUCCGUGUGAAAAACUAUGUCAACGGAUUCCGUAGUAAUCGAUGUUUGUCCUACACCACCACCUCCACCGGUUAACUCGCCUCCGCCUCUUAUGGAUGGCUAUCCUCUGCCAUCUCCACCUGAAAUUCCAUUCCCCUUUCGUCGACGUGCGAAUGGAUCUCGAAAACUUAAAUCCAAGAUUCAACCUGCGAGGCGAUCAUCCGUAAUGGCGAUGUGGCAGUCGGGGAUAGGUCAGAGUUCAAAAAACCCAUGGUUUGGGCGUGUAAUCGGGCUUGUGGCGGAAAAAAGGAAGGAUCACAAUUCGACGUCAACAAUGGAGAAACAACAUCAAUCGUCAUUACCGAAAUUGUACAACCCAGAGGAGGAACAGAAUCGACCACCGCAGGGGGGAGUGGUGACGUUCGAGCCGAUUCAACACGAUCACGACUUUUGCGAGAGAGUCGUUAUCAACGUGAGCGGCCUUAAGUUCGAAACCCAACUACGUACCCUCAACCAAUUCCCCGAGACUCUUCUCGGGGAUCCGACUCGGCGAAUACGAUACUUUGACCCAUUAAGGAACGAAUACUUCUUCGACAGAAACAGGCCAUCUUUCGACGCCAUCCUGUAUUACUAUCAAAGUGGAGGGCGUUUGCGACGCCCCGUAAACGUACCUCUGGACGUGUUCUCUGAAGAAAUUAAAUUCUACGAACUUGGCGAACAAGCCACCAACAAAUUCCGGGAGGACGAAGGAUUCAUCAAGGAGGAGGAGAAGCCCCUGCCCGCCAAUGAGCGUCAGCGCAAAAUCUGGCUGCUGUUCGAGUACCCUGAGAGCUCCCAGGCGGCGCGAGUUGUGGCAAUCAUCUCCGUUUUCGUGAUCCUUCUUUCCAUUGUCAUCUUCUGCCUGGAGACCCUGCCGGAGUUCAAGCACUAUAAAGUCUUCAACACGACAACCAACGGCACCAAGAUCGAAGAGGACGAAGUGCCCGAUAUCACCGAUCCCUUCUUCCUCAUCGAGACUUUGUGUAUCAUUUGGUUCACGUUCGAAUUGAUAGUGCGGUUCUUGGCUUGUCCGAACAAGUUUAAUUUCUUCAGAGACGUCAUGAAUAUAAUAGAUAUCAUCGCUAUUAUCCCUUACUUCAUCACCCUUGCUACUGUUGUUGCCGAAGAAGAGGACACCUUAAAUCUGCCACGAGCCCCCGUCUCACCACAAGACAAGUCCACCAACCAAGCGAUGAGUCUCGCAAUACUCCGUGUGAUUCGCCUGGUGCGAGUCUUCAGGAUCUUCAAACUAUCUCGCCACUCCAAGGGUCUUCAGAUCCUUGGACGAACUCUCAAGGCAUCAAUGCGGGAACUCGGACUACUAAUAUUCUUCUUGUUCAUCGGUGUGGUGCUGUUUUCCUCCGCGGUGUACUUCGCUGAAGCCGGAAGCGAGAACAGCUUCUUCAAAUCCAUACCAGAUGCGUUUUGGUGGGCGGUGGUGACUAUGACGACCGUAGGAUACGGAGACAUGACGCCUGUUGGUGUUUGGGGCAAGAUCGUGGGGUCGCUGUGUGCGAUCGCCGGCGUACUCACCAUUGCCCUACCCGUUCCAGUCAUCGUGUCCAACUUCAAUUACUUCUAUCACCGGGAGACUGAUCAGGAGGAAAUGCAGUCACAAAACUUCAACCAUGUCACCAGCUGCCCCUAUCUUCCUGGUACUAUGGGGGAGCCUUACCUGAGGCCGAUCAAAAAGAAGUCUUCGGUGAGUGAAGAGUCAUCUUCGGACAUGAUGGAACUGGACGAGAGUGCAAUGGUGGCGGACUCGCAGCUCGAGGAGAACCUGACGCGCCUUCGCGAGGAGGAACGCCUGCUGCUCGAGCAGCAAGCCGCCAUGGAGGCCGGCAACACCGACGACAUCGCUGCCCUCGAAAACCAAGACGCCAUUCGCUACAACCAGCUGCAGCAGAAGCAAGUGCUGAAACAGCAGAAGGCGCAGGCGCAGUGGCUGUCGCGGCAGCAGUCGCAGGCUCAAGGCCAGGCCCAGGGUCAGGCUCAAGGUCAAGCUCAGGGCCAGGGCCAAUGUCAGGCUGCGGGUCAGUGCCCUAAACCAGCCUUGUGCCCUGCGCCUGGUCCUGUGCAGACGCAGGCACCUGAGCGUUCAUUGGGCGCUCGGCCCCGCGACACGCGCGACAACCGCGAUACUCGCGACAUUUGCGAGUACCGCGAGUGCCGCGAGAUGCGUGAGGGCCCACGCCGCCGCGCCUCCUGCACCGUGCGCGUCAACAACCUGCAUGCUGCCACCACCGCCUCCGCCGCUGCCGCUGCAGAUGCCAUCGAAACAGAUGUCUGACCAUUAGAGAAGGCGGGCCGGCGCGAGAGUGCGCACGAGCUCGUUGAGCUGCAGGAGCCAGCGCUGUCGGUGUGGCGCGGCCGGCUGGCGGCGCGCUCACCGCGUUCCCCGCCCGCCUGCCGCGUCUAAACCUUUCACUCUGGUAACCCGUCACGCGCUCGCGAGCAGCACUCGGCUAUCCCGUCGGGCGUGUGUAGGCUGCUGUACCCGACUAACCCGUCAGACGUAUGUGGGCUACUGAACUCGACCACUUCGUCAGGCUCUAGUGAUCCGGUGCAUCCGCCAGGCGCGCGUGAGUUGUUGUACUCGGCUAACCCGUCAGGCGUGCGUGAGCCGUAUUAGAGCUCGCUGCGAACUCUCAUAGCGCCCUACUGGCCGUCAGUGUACCCGUGAACUAAUAAUAUGUAUAUGUGCUUAAUUCCUUCGAACAAUUGUCUAACUACGUAUUGCAAAUAAUAACAACUCAAUAUGAUACUAGCGUCAGAGUGUUUACAAAUACUAAAGCAUUUCUUUAAAUAAGCUUCGUGGCAGGUUUAAACAAUUGUAAAUAUAUAAAUAUAUGUAUAGUGAAUGCUUAUCUACCGCUUAAACACUUUCCACAUUUCAUUACAAAUGUAAACUUAGAAAAAAUACAAAUACAAACUUACAAACAAUAUUAACUGGAAAUAGGCCUAGAUUAACAUGUACUUUAGAAUUCAAAUAUCACGUGCAAUAGACUAAAAUUUUAAUGUAAAUGUCGUCGCUAUUGGCCGAAGGGCUAGCUGCGCCCCGGCAAUCUUUGCAACGACAACAUGAACACGGAUUAACAUCUCUACACGCCGACUCUGGGAAGAAUAUUGCGGCCUUGCUAGUUAUACUACGUCUUUAAGACUUUUAUAUUUUAGGCUUCCCAAAUCUAUCAUAUAUGUUUGGGCUUUAAAGCUUAAAGUAUAUAGUCUUAAAGACAGGUAUAUACCAAACGGUACACUAGACACCUCUACCUGAAAAGGAAAUAUGAAUAAAGGUUAUAGUGUAUUUAUUGACUCCUGGACCACCCGGCACCACCCCGCCUCGCCGUCAACUCGACCGAGGCGUCUUCUCGCCAACGCCUCGCCGACCGCGCGUCGCCAACUCGUGCAAGCGACAAUAAUCGUUUUGCUAAUAUCUUUAUUCCGCUCAAUGAGCAACGUCUUGUGUACGUCGUCGCGAGGAUCGCGAGGCGGGGCGGUGUCGGGUGGGUGAGGAGCUGAAAAGUGCGCGCUAACCUUUACAGAUACAUUAAAACAACAUGACUGAGCGACUACUCGUAUACAGCUAUCACGCGAUGCUUGACUCGCUUAUGCGGUUCCAAAAUGUCGCCCUGUCGACAGUGACGGUGCCCUACCUGAGCCGCAUACAACUUUGUGCGUAGCUUUCUGUUGCUCAGAAUGUUCGUUUGUAAUGUAUCUGCGUUUGAGUUCCGAGCCUGGCGCGACGCUAUCGCAUUUAAACAUUUACAAUGUUACACGGGCUCGGAUUAUAAACUCAUAGUUAUAAGUUAUUUUAUGUUGUAUGUUGUAAAAUAUAUGUGUAUCAAUGUAUCAAUAUUCACAAAUAUGAGUUAAAUGCAGCAGCCUCGGAUCUAGCGCUCGCGCUAGUACUGUUUAUAAGUAGUUCUUAUAUUAUACAUCGAUGUUGUCCAUCUGUUAAUAAAUGUUUAUAUGUUAAUCAUUAAGCAAAGUAUGUACGGUUGUGAGUCAUCAAGGCCAGCGACAGAAUUGAGUAAGAGACGAGAUCGCAAACUGAAAUUAAAAGACUGAAGUAAUACUUAUGCACAGAACACAAGUACAAUCGUUGUGAGAAGUAUGAGCGUAUAGGGCGGGCGUAGCGACACUGCGCCCGCCGCCGCCCCCCAUGAACACCAUCAGUCGAAUGCCAUGCUGAGCUGUCGCUGAGACAAAGAGCUGUGUUUAUUAUUAACUUUUAAAAUUAUCUUAGAGACAUAUCCAGUAAGACGUGAUUUUAAUAUUAUAUUUGUUGUUAAACGUUCCGUGGUUUUAGUCUUAUAUGAUUGUGUUGGCGGUCUGGUGCUUUAGCUUUAGCUCGCAACACUGCGGGUCUCGAUGUGUGUCAAUUCUUUACAAUAUGAGAUUCUUUGUGAUCGGCUAAAGUUGCAGUGCACGACCUGGAAUGACAAAGUUUGCGACGGUACAAUAUGACGGGAAAUUAUGUAGGGCUGUAUACACACAACAUUGCUCAAAACGGAUCUUUUUGAUUAUUGAUUUAUAUCUUUUAUAUUCUGUACUGUACCUUAAUUGACUUACCUAAACCAAAAUACAAACAUUAGACCAAACUUUACCUCGCAAUUAAUUAAAUCAGACUAACUCCGAUAGGGAUUAAUUGUUAAAUUUGAUUCUACCGAGAAAAAUUGUUGACGACUGUCCGCAUACCCGGCUACGGCCGGCACGCUUUGUAGCUCGAGUUCCAAGCAAUUGUCUUUUUCGAAACGUUUUUAUAAUUUUAUCAAUUGAAUAAAGUUUUAUAUUUAAGUGGCAUUAACGCGUUAAGUUCAUAUUUUCGUAUACAUUUUGCAAUCAUUCGGUUCAAAGGUCCGUCCAACAGCGCACGCAUAUAGUUUUAAAAUCAAUCAGAACAUUGGAGGUGUAAAGCUUCCGCGCCAUUUCACCGCAUAGGGUAUCUGCCACCCGCAGGAACCACAGCCGACACUCCAUUUGCCCUCAUAAUUGUGACCCGAUCUCGUGGAGAGGACUGAAUCGUAGAUUUAUUUCAAUUUAUCAAUCGGUGUUAGUUGUUACAGUACAUUUUAAUAAUUGUCAUCAUAUCAUUAUUACACAUUUCAUAGCGAUUAAACAUUUAGGUAAAAGACAUAUUUAUCCCAUAUAUGUAAAUUAGAGUAGGACUGUAGUUACUAAUUAAUGUAGACUAAAUCCUUUGUUAAUGUUUAUGUUUCAUGCAAAUUCUAUUAUAAAAUAGAAUAGCAUGGCAAAUUAAAUAGAUGUGACUACAGUUAUAGCACACAACAACAAACAACAUAUUUUCCAUCCUAAGUAUGAAUAGUUGCAUUUGUGUGUUGGAAUAAGACAUAUUAUUUGGGCCUUCGUCGGGCCGCUCGGACAUAUUCUGACACCGGGUUGACGAAGGACAGCGGCAUUGGGCAGGGUGUCGUGUAGAGGAUGGCAGCGGACGAGCAACAGCCAACGGUGGCAUCCUAAGCCCCAGUCAGCAAGAGGGGUUACUGCCUAACAGACUUCAAUUGUUUUGUUUGUAGUCCUCUUUAUAGAUACAUCUAUUUAAAUUGCGCGAAUAUCUUAAAACAUUCCUUAUUAAUUAAUGAUGUUCAAAUAUAUGUGUGUAUUUACUACGUAGAUUAAUGUCAAUGGUAUUUAAUGGUUAUUAUUGUAAGUAAUGCACGUUUUACGUGUGCCCGAAGUAGACGCACUCAAACGUUGGCUAUCAUAAUAUCUUAAAAAACAAUAAUUACAUAGAUUCGUUAUUAUGAUACGGCCAGGUAAAAUGAGCAUUAUUUUUUCAGUUUCCGAUGUUAUUGUGGGACAAGUAAAUAUGGCAAAGCCGAUGGCAACAAUGUCUUGUCUGAAUCAUCCUGGAAUAUGAUGAACAUCAGUGAUCCCAAGUGGACUGUGGUACCUCGGAGAUUUACUAAAAUCCGGCAGGGACUUAUCAAUGAAACCAUAAAAUUUAAAAAUUGGUCCACGAGAAUAAAAAUUUAUAAACUUUACUAAACAUGAAAUAUAAAUCACUUUAUUUGUACCACAAUAAUUGUUCAGAAAUUGGAUUUAGAAACAGGUAUCCGAGGCUGUUGCAGGUAACCGUGAAUUAAUUUGAUGUCAGAUUUUAAUCGUAGUAAAUUCAUGUGGUGUUUGUUGUUUUAAAUCAAGUGGGUCCCGAUGACUUAGCGACAAUGCAACAAUCAAUACCUUCUUUAAACCAUUCAAGUAAUUGAACAUAGUCGGUAUGCAUUUACAUAGUUGAUUGUUGUCGACACAUUCAAUUUUACCUAUUAGUUCUGCAUUUCCCUAAUAAAAGGAAUUCAAACAUUCAAACGUUUCGCUGUCUAAUUUAUCUCUAAUUAAAAAUAUCGAUAAGAAAAGUCAUACUAUCCAGUUGUAUAACAAGCACUCUAAUCAAAAAAUAGCAAAUGCCACUAAAUUGCUGAAUAAAAUCCAUUAAAGAAUAUGGUUAUGCUUCGGCUUUGAAAUAGACAUGAGAUAUUUAGAAUUAAUCGUGAAUUACUCAUGUUGGCCAAAAUUGUAGGUACGCCGUAUUCGCAUUUAAGGCGUAUUAUGAUUUUCGCUCAGUAUUAUUAGUUGAUAUUGCAUGAUACUUUACGUCUGUCUUAAAAAGGUAAGUCAUCAAGGACCCCGUUGUAAUGUUUAGCGAUCUAUAAUUAUCACUACACUAGACAACAUAAAGACACUAGAAAAAACAUCGAGAUGCAGACAUAUUCGGUCGUAGAUUGCCUAAAAAGAUGACGAUUGUCCAAUGGACAUAUUUAACAACUUGCUACGAUCUAUGUUGCCACCUGUACGUAGUCGUUGGGUUUGAUGUUAAAAGUGUAGUGGAAAUUAGUGGAUUUAGGAUUUAUUAAUAACUAUAUGUGUAACUGUGUACUCAUGUAGCCAGCUAUCCUUCUAUGAAAAUCUUGUUUUCAGUUAAAAUUAUUUAUUGUUUAUUAAUCUUGCCAUUACGUAGUUGUUAACCACAUAGUUUACGCUGAUGGAAACACAUACUUCUAUUCAAAUUUUGUAGUUAGGGUGGAAUUGGCAAAAAAAUAAUUAUUAUAUAAAGUCUGACGAUAUUAUUUUUGACUUAUCGGCUGUAUAUAAUAUGGUCUUUAGGAAUCAGCUGUAACUUUGUAAUAUUAAUUUGUUUCACGGUAUAUAGUUUAAGUGAUGUUUGCAGACGUUUUAAACAUGUGCUAUGUGACUUACGGUUUUCAAGUACACUUCAUUGUUUUGUGUGCGAGUGCACGACUCGGUGACUGCCGGGGGCGCACGAUCGCAUGAAUUCCGAAACGCAAAUGGGAUCUGCAUCUUGUAUUUUUUUAAAGUUACUCGAUUUAAUCAUUAUACAGCUUUAUAUCAUUACACGAUUACUAAAAAAUUAUGAAUUAAUCAGUAAAUUACAAUAAUAUAAAGCGCGAAUCUGUUUUUUUUACAAAAAUCAGUAAUUUUGGCUAAUUUUCCUAAUAGAUGUAAUUUUUCUUUUUCACUUGUCCCCUCUCCGUCCAGAUAAAAGCGUGUUCAUAAUAUAUUUGAAUAUAAACACAAAAUGAAUUCACUUUUUAUUCUAUUAAGCAUCGAUUAAGUGUUAUCUUCCUAUAAUAAUAAUUAAAUUUUAACGAAUCAUAGAAAAGAUUUUUGCAGUGACGUCAGACAAUUUAAUAUCCCGUUUGGGUCACUUUAUAAUCUUAUCCAAUUUAAUUGUGUUGGAUACGCUAAAGUUUUGCUAAAACGAGCUUAGGCAUUUUCAUUCAAAUUUACAUAUUCGAAUUUUAAACAUUUUACCUAUAAUUUAGGAUAAAGAGCGGAGGUUCAAUUGACCUCUACUCUCCGUCGUCGUUAUGCCUAACUUUUAAAUAAGAUUUUUAAUGUUAAGAGCUUUUCGAAUAGUAUACUAAAAAAUGAGGUCUUAUGAAAUAACCUAAAUUUUGCAGCCUAUUUUAUUAAACUAAUAUCCAUCCAAUAUUGAUAGAUUUUAAAUGUGUUGGACGAAGGCGUAUCUAACUCCUAUAGUAUAUUAUAUCUUAUGUACAAUAUUACACAUUUUUUUGUAUAAUGAUGUACUGAUCCCAUAAUUGCGUUAAUCUUGCCGAUAGACAAUAACUGCUAAAAUAACUCUAUAUUACAAUAAUUUUUUAAAAUAAAAUACAUCGGCAAGUUAAAAGAAAGUAAAAUUACUAUUAGAUUUUAGAUAACAUUUUGCAAAAUUAACAACAAACAGGCAGAUCUAUAAAAGAUAAAUUUGUCACAAAUCACGAAACUUUCAUAAAUAUAAUAGUUUCAUAGUUUGAACUAUGAAAAUGUCUUUUGGUAAAUUUCAUUGACUUGGAUUAGAUUGAAACAAAGCAAAUCGGAAACUUUACACAGUUUCAUGUUAAUAAUGUCUUUCGAAAUUCAUCGAAUCGUGUAUCCCCGAUAUCGUCAUGACAUAGCAUAUGCACAUAUAUAUUAAUUAUCGUUGCUAAAAAAAAUAAUAAAACACAUUAUUUUAAUAUUGAUUUGCUUAUAGUUACAAUUUGUAAAGCAAGGAGUAACAGCCGAUGGUUUCCAUGGUUUGAAAUACAUACCCAAAAACAUAUCAUCAUCCCUGUCAUUCUCUUUGGAGAAACAGAGAUAGCAAUAUGUUUCAGUGAAGUGUCGACAGUGAAACCCACGGCAACAAAGUUAAAAUAACAUUUGACCGUUCCUUCAUUCGUUCACCAAAUUAACCACAUUAAAACAAUCAAAAAGGGGGAACGAUUUGUAAGAAGGCCGGUCAUAUAAAGAAAUAAUAUCUGCUCCUUGCUAAUAAAUAUUUUAUUUAUUUGAACAUGUCACAUAAUUUCUUUGCACAUCCACCUAAGUAACCGUGGUUUGCCUAACGAAACAUUCAUACAAAUAAUAUAGUGUUGUUCAAUUCUCGUAACCAACUGAGAUCUUAGUAUGAAUGGUACAGCAGUAAAAACCCACGGUUAGGAAUGUGACGAUCAAAUAACAUUGUAAACAAAAUAAGUACUGAAAAUAUGUGAUUAUUUUAUAAAUAUAAUUUACAGUUUAUUUAAUUAAAAUUGAUUGUGUUAUAUUCGGUGCAUUGCAACACUGAAUAACCACAGCUACAACACUGGCAACAUUUUGAUGUGUGAUUUUUGAGCGCCGCCAUUUUUAUUAAAACCUUGUACGCGGGUUCAGGUUGUGAUGUACCACUUUAACAAACGCUUUUUCCACUUGUAUUUAUUUCUACAAAUCUCCUUCGCUUUAAUUUUAUUUACUUUAAUCUUCAAAUUGUAAAUCAAUAUUGUAAAAUAUUUCAAUAAAGUGACUUCGAUGUUUCAUUGUGCGUU